AUGUCCGGUUCGAAUUCCUCUCACUUGUCCGCUCAACAAUAUGGCUACGAUGCUGUUGUUUCCACCACCCAAGAAAGCAUCAAUGCAGUCAUGAAGCGGUAUCUCGCUACAAACAAGCAGCCCGAAGUCUGCUGCUGCUUCGUGGACAAAGAUGGCACAGAAACUCAGGUCAGCCUUGAUGAGGUUUUGAGCAAGAGCAACAACACAAAUCCCUUUGAGAUUCCCGACAAGACCGAUCUGAAUGAUGAAAGAAUCAAGAAACUGGACGAUGCUCGAUUCAUUCGUGGUUGGCGUGCCCGUCUGGGUAUCCCCCCGAUGAGCGAUCGAUCAAAAUUACCAAAUUUGGUCGAUAUCGGCUUGAGCAAUGAGGCUGUCAAUUUUUAUAUGCCGUGUGCAGAGUUCCAAGUGGUGUCGUAUAUUGCGGGCACCCGCUUUGGAGGUAAAGCUUACUGGCUCAAUGUCUCGCAGCAGAAGGACAAGCCGUGGAUCUUCUGCAGUAGGGUGGAUAUAGCUAGACAGACGGUGGAUCCAAAGAAGAACCCCGACAAGGUCCCCACCGAUGUCCGGAACGCGCUCGAGGUGUUGGAGAAGAAAGCACCGAUGACGGAGUUCAAGAUCGAGCAACUCUUGUUAGAUCUUGAAAAUGCGGGGCUCAUGGAUGAGGGUGGUCAGUUGGAGGGAAUUCGCAACCCGAGUCCGGAGUAUACCAUGUUGAAAGAGACCUUUUUGGGUUCCUACUUUGAUCAAAUGCGGAAGAAUGGAGAACCACUCCUUUCUUGCACUAUCAAUGGACCCGCCCAAGACAAACCAGUCGCCGAAUCGACUUUGCACAUAACCGACUUCCGUUAUAAUCUCAGCCCAUACCUUGGCCCAGAUGGGGAGCCUGUUGGAGACCCAACUCCAAACCAAAAGAUGGUAGCCACCCUUAACUACUUGUGCGCUGCCAAUGGCAACCAUCUUCCGCCACGAAAUCCCUUUACCUGGAACUGGGUCGAAGUUUCUGAGCUAGACAAAUACCACGGGACGAUUGCCGUUAGGCGGGACUGCCUUGCGGAAUAUCUCAGCUCCAAGUUAGCCUCGCAAGUCUUACCGAACUGUAUCAAGCCUACCUUCAAGUUUUGGAGAGAAUCGGUGUUUCACGACUGGAAAGCGUCAUGGGAUUUUUCCAAAACGGCUGCGGAUGUCAAGCCUACCAUGCUAGCUGAGGGCGAAAAGGUUCUUCGGAUUGAAUGGUCCUCACCCAAACAUACCGACGAAGUAAAAGGUCUAGGUAUCCUGUGGGCUACUGUGCAGGCCCAAUACACCCUGGAUGUUGAAUUCAAGGGAAAUUCGAAUUCCAUCCUUCUCACUCAUCAUUUUGUGUUUAAACUUGAAGCUAAGAGGGGAUUCAGCUGGGGAAAGGCGGAUAUUGUGGAUCACAGCCGCACCGACACUUAUGAAAUAGCAGUCAACGAUCGAGGCAAACUGGAGGCUAAAUGCGCACCAGGUCCCUUGAUAGAUGCAUCGAAGGAUUUCGAGACGAAUCUUCCCGACCUUGUCUUCAGCGGCCAGAGUACAGUUGGGUGGGUAAGGGAACAGCUCAGCGGCAAAGUACGCAUGGAAGCCUUUGAGCCUAAGCAGAUUCCCUUGUCAUUUGUGCAGGAUUAUGUGUUUCCUGGGGGCAAGUCAUUCACUUUCAAGGAUGUUGUCUUUUCGAAGUAUCAAGAUUUAGUGUCCCACCUGACUUACCUAGAUCGCUAA